UAAUGAUGUUAAUGACUCAAAUAAUUUCAGAUAGUUUCGAAUGCAGUCUUACUUUUUUAUCCGUAUAGUGAAUUUGACGCUGAUAAUUUAGUAGCAAAAUGUUCUUCAUAUUAUGCGCUGUCACUGCAAUUCUCCUGUUACUUUAUAUUAUUCUGAAUUCAAACAGGAUUAAAAGCUUUUGGCGUCGAAAAACUUUAGUUGAAAAAUUACCAUGUGUAAGAAAAAAAUUUUUUUUAAUAGGACACCUUGAUUUUGUUGGAAUCACAAAAGAAGAAGCAUUUGUCAAAACACGGGAAUGGACAAAAGACGCUCCAGCUGUUGCUCACUUAAUAACUGGGCCAUUGAUGUUUGUUGGUUUAAAAGGACCAUAUGAAAUCGAGAGUGCUAUUGGGUCCAUGAAACAUAUGGAAAAGAGCUUUCUUUAUAAAUUCUUGAAUCGCUGGCUUGGCGAAGGGCUACUAACGAGCACAGGAUUAAAAUGGCAGAAAAGGCGAAAAAUGUUAACACCAGCUUUUCAUUUCACUAUUCUGCAACAAUUUGUGAGCACGUUUAACAAAGAAGUUAAAAGGUUUGUGGACGAAAUAGAAACUGGUAAUUUAAACAAGCCAACUAACAUUGUACCAUUUGUGUCGAAUUUUUCGCUUGCAACCAUUGCCGGUAAGUCUUUAAGCAAACCAAAUAUAAAAGAGACCUCGAUGGGCAGUAGCGAAUUCAUGCAUACUCAGGAGAGUAUUGACUACAAAAACGCAGUUUCUCGAAUAUCCGACGUAUUUUAUCUAAGAUUUUCGAAGCCUUGGACAUGGAUUCAACCGAUUUUUGAUCUUUCGUCGCUACGGAAAAUUGAACGUCAGUCUUUGGAAACGUUACACCAGUUUACGAAUUUUAUCAUAGAGAAACGGAGCGAAAACUUCAAAACGUUUGACGAAAACUUGGACGAUAUGUGCAUUAGGAAGAAGCUUCCAUUAUUGGAUAUUUUAAUCAAUGCCAAGAUCAAACAUGGAACUAUUAAUAAUGAUGAGAUAAGAGAAGAAGUUGAUACCUUCAUGUUUGAGGGACAUGAUACUACCGCAAUGUGCUUGACUUAUACGACAAUGCUCUUAGCGUGCCAUAAGGACAUACAGGAAGAAGUAUAUCAGGAAAUUAUCCACGUUCUGGGGCCUAAUUUGGCACAGGAACCUUCUCAUGAGGAUUUUACGCAAAUGUGCUUACUAGAUAGGUGUAUCAAAGAAAGUUUACGUCUUUAUCCACCCGUGCCAACAAUAUCCCGCUAUACUAGUGAAGAUAUUAAUACUAAAUUUGGAGUAAUUCCGGAAGGUGUAGAACUACUAAUUCACCUAUACGACUUGCAUCGAAAUCCGAAAUUCUGGCCAAAUCCAGACGUAUUUGAUCCGUCCAGACAUUUACCAGAAAACUGUAUCGGAAGACACCCAUUUGCUUAUAUUCCAUUUAGUGCAGGUCCCAGAAAUUGCAUUGGCCAAAAGUACGCUAUGCUGGAAAUAAAAGCGUUUUUCUGUGGAGUUCUUCGAAAGUUUCGAUUGGAACCUGUUGAUACUCCCGACACAUUAGUAAUGACUCAGGAUGUAAUGUUACGCUCUCAAAAUGGAGUAAAAGUAAACUUUGUCUUGAGAAAUUGAUAAAAAUUACGUGUUUUUAUUAAACGCACCAAUCGUUUUGUGUAAUGUGAAAGGUUUUUUUUAUGUAUUGAAGCAUGUUGUAUCUGCUAGAAUUAGAUGCGAGUUUUUAAUACG